AUGAAUGGAUGUGAUGGCCUUCAAUUUUCGCAAGAGGCAAAUUUUCGCAAACAUAUAAAUACAAACGACAAAUGGCAAAUUGAUUGCCGCUCAUUUAUUGAUACUCAACACAAAAUGUUCGUUUCUACAUGCACGAGCACGAAUAACAACAUGUGUGAAAGAAGACACAAAUGCCUCAAAAAGUUCACUACGGAAACUCAUCGUUAA